GGCCUGUGGCGUCCUCUUUCAUUGGCCGCGGCGCGGGCGCUGCCAUGUUGGAGGAAGCGGUGCCUUCUGUGUGGUGGAAGCGCCGUGGCUUCACCCGUAGCGUUGGGGAGCGCAGCCUCCUACCUUUCCUUCUCGCUGGAGUGUUGGUGCUGAGAGGCGGCGGCCGGCGGGAUGGAGAGAAGUAGGAUGAACCUGCCCAAGGGGCCGGACACGCUCUGCUUCGACAAGGACGAGUUCAUGAAGGAAGAUUUUGACGUCAAUCACUUUGUGUCUGACUGUAGGAAGCAUGUCCAGCUGGAGGAACUAAGAGGAGAUCUAGAACUCUACUAUAAACUUCUUAAAAUAGCCAUGGUCGAGCUCAUCAACAAGGAUUAUGCAGAUUUUGUCAACCUUUCCACAAACUUGGUUGGCAUGGACAAAGCCCUCAAUCAACUUUCUGUGCCUUUGGGACAGUUACGAGAAGUUCUGCGUAUAGCCCACAUUACGGCCAUGCUGCAGCAGUCCCUGGGAGGCCUGCUGCUAGAAGGGCUUCAGACUUCCAAUGUGGACAUCAUAUGGCACUGCCUCCGGACUUACGCUACAAUUGACAAGACACAGGUUGCAGAGGCGUUAGUCGGUCAAGUACUGGUGAAACCGUACAUGGAUGAGGUGAUUGUAGAGCAGAUCGUUGAGUCUCAUCCGGACGGCCUGAAGAUCAUGUAUGCUAAUAAGCUCCUGGAGUUCGUUCCUCACCACUGCCGCCUUCUUUGAGAGGUCACAGGAGGAGCCAUCUCAAGUUUCAGAUCCAGUUUUGACUAUUGUUAUGGGCUUAGUUGGAUGCCCCCAGAUUCCUACGUUGACGUCCUAACACCCAGCAUCUCAGAAUGUGGCAGUAUUCAGA